GGAGCGCGUCCCGUCCGGUCCCGAGGAGCCGCCGCCGCCGCCGCCGCCACCCGCCAACAUGGCGGACCUGGAGGCCGUGCUGGCCGACGUCAGCUACCUGAUGGCCAUGGAGAAGAGCAAGGCCGCGCCCGCCGCGCGCGCCAGCAAGAAGAUCGUCCUGCCCGAGCCCAGCAUCCGGAGCGUGAUGCAGAGGUACCUGCAGGAGAGGAAUGAGAUGACCUUUGACAAGAUUUUCCAUCAGAAGAUCGGUUUCUUGCUAUUUAAAGAUUUUUGUUUGAGUGGAAUUAAUGAAGCAGCCCUUCAGGUGAAGUUUUAUGAAGAGAUCAAAGAGUACGAAAAGCUCCACAACGAGGCAGAGCGCCUGUGCAGAAGCCGGCAGAUCUACGACGCAUUCAUCAUGAAGGAGCUCCUGUCUUCCUCCCAUCAAUUCUCAAAGGAAGCAGUAGAACAUGUCCAAACCCAUCUGUCCAGGAGAGAAGCAUCGGAAACCCUUUUCCAGCCAUACAUAGAAGAAAUCCACGAGAGUCUUCGAGGCAACAUUUUUCAAAAGUUCAUGGAGAGUGACAAAUUCACUAGAUUUUGUCAGUGGAAAAACAUAGAAUUAAAUAUUCAUCUGACGAUGAACGACUUCAGUGUCCACAGGAUCAUUGGGCGAGGCGGAUUUGGGGAAGUGUAUGGCUGCCGGAAAGCAGACACCGGAAAGAUGUAUGCAAUGAAAUGCUUGGAUAAGAAGAGACUCAAGAUGAAGCAGGGAGAGACGCUGGCCUUGAACGAAAGGAUCAUGCUGUCGCUGGUCAGCACUGGGGACUGUCCAUUCAUCGUUUGUAUGACCUAUGCCUUCCACACUCCGGACAAACUCUGCUUCAUCCUGGACCUGAUGAACGGGGGUGACCUGCACUACCACCUGUCCCAGCACGGGGUGUUCUCCGAGAAGGAGAUGCGCUUUUACGCCAUGGAGAUCAUCCUGGGGCUGGAGCACAUGCACAGCUGCUUCGUCGUCUACAGAGACCUGAAGCCUGCCAACAUCCUCCUGGACGAGCACGGGCACGUGAGGAUCUCCGACCUCGGCCUGGCCUGUGACUUCUCCAAGAAGAAGCCGCACGCAAGCGUGGGCACCCAUGGGUACAUGGCUCCCGAGGUGUUGCAGAGGGGCACAUCCUACGACAGCAGCGCUGACUGGUUCUCCCUGGGCUGCAUGCUUUUCAAACUCCUGCGAGGACACAGCCCCUUCAGACAGCAUAAAACCAAAGAUAAGCACGAGAUCAACAGGAUGACGCUGACAGUGAAUGUGGAGCUCCCCGACGACUUCUCCCCGGAGCUCAAGUCCCUGUUGGGGGGCCUUCUGCAGCGGGAUGUGAGCCAGAGGCUGGGCUGCCAAGGCCGCGGGGCCCAGGAGCUCAAGGAACAUGGCUUCUUCACUGGCAUCGAGUGGCAGCUGGCUUACCUGCAGAAGUACCCACCGCCCCUCAUCCCGCCCCGGGGGGAGGUCAACGCUGCCGACGCCUUUGACAUCGGCUCCUUUGACGAAGAGGACACCAAAGGCAUUAAGCUGCUGGACUGUGACCAAGACCUGUACAGGAACUUCCCGCUGGUGAUCUCGGAGCGCUGGCAGCGGGAGGUGGUGGAGACGGUGUACGACGCGGUGAACGCCGAGACAGAUAAGAUCGAGGCCCGGAAGAGAGCCAGGAGCAAGCCGCUGGGACAGGAAGAAGAUUACGCCCUGGGGAAGGACUGCAUCAUGCACGGGUUCAUGCUGAAGCUGAGCACCCCGUUCCUCACGCAGUGGCAGCGGCGCUACUUCUACCUCUUCCCCAACAGGCUGGAGUGGCGAGGGGACACCGAGUCCCGGCAAAGUUUACUGACCAUGGAGCAGAUUCUGUCGGUGGAAGAAACUCAGAUCAAAGACAAAAAGUGCAUAUUGUUCAGAAUAAAAGGAGGGAAGCAGUUCGUCUUGCAGUGUGAGAGCGAGCCCGAGUUUGCGCAGUGGAAGAAGGAGCUGACCCAGGCCUUCAUGGAGGCCCAGCGGCUCCUGCGCAGCGCCCCCAAGUUCCUCAGCCGCCCCCAGGCCGGCAUCCUGGACCUGUCCAAGCCGCCGCUGUGUCACAGGAGCAGCAACGGCUUCUGACCCCGGGAGCCUCGGGGGGCUGCCGCCCCGCAGCAGAGCCUCAGGGGAUGUGAGAGGCCAGCCUGGCUGGGCUCCUAGACAGCGGGAGGCCCAGGUCACAGUGCCCUCAGGGGGCCGGAUCGCCCCAGGGCGGGUCAGUCCUGGGCCUGCCUGACGGCCGUGAUUGCACUGAACACUCCUGCCCAGCCGAAGUUCUUUUCCUUUGCUACACACUGGCGUUGGAAGCCACAGACCCGGGACUUGAGAUGACUCCUGCCGAUCGCGUCAGCUUUCCUGCCUGACAUGAAACACGUCUCUGGCCCUCCGGGAGGAGACGCACAGACCUCCGUGCCGGGACGGUGGAUUGACCUCAGUCGGCGUGGCUGCGUGUGACCCGCGGUCGGCUGCGGCUGGCUCCGGGCCGCUCCUGGGCUGCGGUCUGUGUUGUCACAGGUGUCAUCCUGCGGCGCUCAUGGGCAGUGCCGGGGCUGCGGUGAGCUGGGAACCUCAGGGCAGUCAGGACGAUCGGGUGACAGAAGGCGGCCAUGGCUAUGGGGAGGAGGGGGUGUCCAUCCGUGGCAAAGCCUGAAGCGCGGUGGGCUCGGCACCUGCGUCCCCCGCCGCACGGCCAUCGUCCAGGCCCCCUCCCCCCCCCCCGGCUGCCCCGUGCUGGGGCGCGCAUCAGAGAGACGAGAAUGGCCGUCUUACAUUGCACUGUCAUUAAAAAAACAAAGCCCAGAAGGCUGAGGUGUGCAUCGGGCGACGGAGUUCUGUGGCUCUCGGUGGGACUGGAGCAGGGGCCGCGCGCCCCGCCCCGGCCCGCCAGACCUCACGGACGCGGCCACACACAGCCCAGCACGUGUCCCCGCCACCAGACAGCAACGCCAUUGGAAAGCUCCUCCACAGAGGCUGAUCAGAUGCACUCAGCCCACUUUUAACAAUACAAACAAGUUGAUCUCACAUC